AUGGCAACGCCAGCGCUCGACCCUAAAGCUGUUCAAGCUAUCGUGAACUCCACGCUGGGCCCCCUGGUUGCUGGAGGCUUUUUCACCACCUUCUUCUUUGGAUUAAUAUGUCUGCAAACGGCACACUAUCUCAGGACGUUCCCUAACGAUCGUCUUCUUGUUAAAAUUCUCGUUCUGUUUUUGUGGGUCGCACAACUCGUCUUUACGCUGUGCAUUUGUCAGGGAACCUAUGCAAUGGCAGUGACGGAUUUUGGGCGAUUAGCUGCAUUCAAAAUUGCGCCGUGGGGUUUGGACGCAGGACAAAUUUUAGGAGGUGUCAUAGACCAUCUCAUCCAGGCAUUUUUUGUAUUCCAAAUAUACCGUGCCACGCACAGACUAGUUCUCUGCAUUUUCCUCUGGAUUCUGGUCGCUCUCCUGGAAGUCCUUGCCGCGUAUCUCUGCGCCCAGCUGCUCAAGACACACAGCAUUUCGAUAACUUUUGGCAACCCCCAGAACCACCGACUGCUGAUGCUUCUUUUCUUUGGCGACGCCACCAUGGAUCUGGUCAAUGCCGCCAUAUUGUGUUUCCACUUGAGAGCGCAACGAAAAUCGGCCUUCAGCAAACGCACAAUCUCGCUGGUUGACCAUCUUUUAGUGUACACCCUGCAGACGGGUCUGACCACGAGUUUUGUUGCAUUCGCUGCAGCUAUCUCAUAUGCAGUUAGCCCAGACAACUACACCUGGGUGGUCUUCUUUGAGUUUCUGCCCAGCUCAUUCCUCGGCGCAUUCCUUGCAAACAUCAACAACCGCGCUGGCCUUCGUAUUGCACAAGAUAGCCACAAGCAUGGGACACCGUCUCAGACAUCUUACUUGUCCUCGGGCGUGGUCAACACCGGUAACGGAAGCCAAAUGCAUCCGGGCGGGUCGGGAGUGCAGGUCCAGAUUUCUCGUAAUGUCGUGUUUGCGAGAGACCGGGAUUUGAUAACCUCGAUUGGUUCGGUGAAGGCGGGUGAAGGUGAAUAUGACCCGGAGCUGGAGGAGCGUGCGAUCGAGAUGAAUAAGAUGGAAUUAGACACGCAGCACCAUCGGCCGGAAGCGGUCUAG